UUUCACGCACCAACCCAAGAACUUUGGUGUCUUUUUGAGUUUCAGUGAAGAUAACCGUUUUGGUUUUGUAAGCCAUCUGUAUGACGCUUUGGAUCUCCAUGGUAUUCACACCUUCAUCGAUAAUGAUCUUGAAAAGGGAGAAGAAAUUUCUACAGGGCUUCUCAAAAUCAUUGAGAACUCAACGUUGUCAAUUAUUGUAUUUUCUGAAAACUAUGCAUCCUCCGCUCGGUGUUUGGAUGAACUUGCUAAGAUUAUUGAGUGUAGGGAAAAUAAUCAGUUGGUGUUACCAAUUUUUUACAAGGUGGAUCCAUCAGAAGUUCGUAGGCAACAAGUAAAGUUUGGGAAAGCACUAACUAGACAUGAAGAAAAUUUUAAUGAUAAAGAGAAAGUACAAAGGUGGAGGAAAGCUCUAUUUAAGGCAGCCGGAAUUUCUGGAUGGCACUGCAAUAACAGCAGCAAUGAACGUGAACUUAUCCAAGAAAUUGUUGAAAAAGUCUCAAAGUCUGAACUAAAUCAGAUGGAAUUACAUGUUGCUAAAUAUCCAAUUGGAAUAAAGUCUUGUGCAGAGGCUUUAAUAACACGUUUAGAUAUUAAAUCAAAUAAGGAUAUUCACAUGGUAGCGAUCUAUGACCUUGGUGGAGUAGGCAAAACUACAAUCGCAAAAGAUAUUUAUAACAAAAUUUCACAUCAUUUCAAAGCAAAAGUUUUUCUAGAGAAUGUUAGAGAGAGGUCAAUGACAGAUAAAGGCAUAAUAUGUCUACAAAAGAUACUUCUUUCUGAGAUCUUAGGGGAUAGGAAUUUGAAAGUGCAUAAUGUAUAUAUUGGAAUCACAAUGAUAAAUAAAUGGCUUUGCCAAAAGAGGGUUCUUAUCAUACUUGACGAUGUGGAUAAUUUGGACCAAAUAGAAAAAUUGCUUGGAAAAUGUGAUCAAUUUGCUGCUGGAAGUAGAAUCAUUACGACAACAAGAAAUAAACGCUUGCUUGUAACUCUUGGAAAUGGUAUUUCAACCUAUGAAUAUGAGGUUAAGGAAUUAAAUGAAUAAGAAGCUAUUGAACUCUUUAGUAAGCAUGCUUUCCGUAGUAACAAACCCAAUGGAGAUUAUUUGGAACUUAUGCCCAAAGUUAUACAUUAUGCCAAAGGCCUUCCACUAGCUCUAGAAGUAAUGGGUGCUGAUUUGUAUGGAAGACCAAAACUUCAAUGGGAAAGUGCUCUAAAAAAGUAUGAAAAAAGUCCGAAACGAAAUAUUCAAGAGAUAUUGAAAAUAACUUAUGAAGGAUUAGAUGAAAAUGAACAAAAUAUUUUCCUUGAUAUUGCAUGUUUCUUCAAGGGAUAUUGCAUGAAUUAUGAUAAGGUUGUGGAUAUACUAGAAGGUUGCGAUUUAGAACCAAUUGAUGGUAUUUCAAGACUUAUUGAAAAAUGUCUUGUGACUGUUGAUCAUUUUAAUAAAUUGUCGAUGCAUGAUUUGCUACAAAGAAUGGGUAGAGAAAUUGUUCGAUAAGAAUCACCAAAAAGUCCAGGAGAACAAAGUAGACUAUGGCGUUGUGAGGAUGUCCUUAAAGUACUAACUGAAGAUAUGGGGUCAGAUAUAAUUCAAAGCAUAAGGUUGGAUCCGUCUGAGCCAAUAGAGUUGCAAUUGAAUGCACAAAUAUUUUGUAAGAUGAAAAAUCUUAGAUUGCUUACAAUUCACAAUGUACGUUGCCAAGGACGCCUUGAAUAUCUUCCCAAUGGGUUAAAUCUGCUUGAUUGGCCUGAAUAUCCAUUCCCUUUGCUUCCAUCCCAUUUUUCUCCUAAAAAUCUGGUUGUACUCAACAUGGCCGGUAACCAAUUAGAGAAAACAUUCAAGCAGGUUUUUGCAUUCAAAACCUUGAGUUAUGUGGACUUCAGUCGGUGUGAAUCCAUUUUGAAAAUACCCGACUUAUCAAUGAGCCCAAACAUAAAGGAAUUGAAACUUCAGUACUGUAAAAAUUUAGUUAAGAUUGAUGACUCUGUGGGGCGUCUUGAUAAGCUUGAAGUGUGGGACCUUAAGGGUUGCAAAAAACUUGAAACUCUUCCGAGUUUUCUCUCGAUGAAGUCUCUUAGAUCUUUUAAUCUUCAUUUCUGCGAAAGCCUUAAGAUGUUCCCCCCCAAUAUUUCGCAAGAAAUGAAAAGUUUAAAGGGGUUAUAUUUGUACGGGACUGGAAUUAGUGAGUUGCCUCAGUCAUUUGGGAAUCUCACUGGGAUUACUCAUUUAGGUCUCGGAAUCUGGGCGGGACAGCUACAUCUUCCAGGUAGCAUCUAUAACUUACAAUGUCUUAAGUUUCUCUAUCUUCUUGGCGAUUUCACAUUUCCGAAGGACGAGGAGCCACUGUGCAAUUCUUACGGAGGCUUUUCCAAAUAUGUUUUUCCAAGCUUGUACCAUCUAUCUUUCUGGGAUUUUUCAAAUCUCUCAGAAAUGGAAUUUAUUUUGAAUUAUUGUUGCCCCCCUACAUUGGGAGAAUUAUAUAUCAAGAAUAGCGAUAUUGUUAGCCUCCCAAAACGCAUUGACAGAUUUCAGAGUUUAGAAGUUCUCGAAAUCGAAGAUUGCUAUGAACUUGAGGAAAUUCCAAGGCUUCCACGAAGUGUAAGAUAUGUAUCUGCACCAGCAAGGGAAAUAUUGGUUCAGAUUCCAGAAAUAUUAAGGCUUCCACCAAAUCUACCACCUUGUUUAGAUGUGAGAAGCCACAUGUUAAUAGGUCCACACCCCCACUCAUCUUCUACAAUAUCCCCUGUGAGUGUCCCCAAGGAGUUUGUCUUCCUUAGUGACUAUAACUUUCUGGUAGAUUUACCUUGGGAUGAGAUCAUUGAGAUUCCAAAUUGGUUAAACCACCAACGCAAUGGAAAUUCAAUAUCAUUCUUCAUUGGUCCAGAAAUUCCAACAAUUACUCUGUGUGUUGAGAUUAAAAUGAUAGAGGAUUUUCUUUGCGAUGUUAAUUAUCAUGCUGUCAUUUCCAUCAAUGGUAGUGAACGACUGUUUGAAAGCUCAUGUUUUAGUUAUAAAUAUGAUGCCCAUAUGGUGUUUUGUUGUAGACUUCAGAGCUCAUUGCAGAUACUAUUUGAGGACUUGAAUCUAGGUGAUCGGAAUCUUGUUCAGAUUUUCUGUGAAGCCUCUAAUGAUUCUGGAAAAAUUGUUCCUGAGAUUAAAAGGGUAGGGGUCCAUGUAGAAUGCAUUUGUUCUCCUCAAAAAUCACAAAAAGUUAGCAAAAAGAGAAACUGGCCCCUACAAUCAAGGAUCUGCACAUGUUUGUGUUUAGCACAAACCCAUUGCCAGUGUCCAAAGCAGCUUUGCUCCACAUAUUCAACAGGACCAAUUUCAGUGCAUUCAGGCUAUUCGGACAAUUGUAUCAUCUCAAGUGCUAUGGAUGGUGGUGGGUCAUCCUCGAUUUCUUUGUCAUCUAAUUCAGGGCUUUCUAUGGUCGUGACAAAUGGGUCUGAAUUUGAUUUUGGAUUUCAAUCAACCCUUGGUGAUGGGUUUGACAUGGGUUCCUCCUCUUUAAUAGAUGAUUCUGACUUCAGUCCAUAUCCACAGUCAAAGAAAAUGAGACCAUCUUGAUCAAAUUUCAUAAAAAACAUUGCAAGGGUUGGCAGUGGCACACCAUGGAGGACCAUUGAUGGAACAGGGCAGCAGCAUUGGCAAAAUGUCUAGAAAAUGUUACUAGUUGUCACACCCUGGAGGAUCAUUGUGAUUAAAAAAACCAAAAAGAAAAAGGUUCUUCGAGGGAAUAAAGUAGGUCAUGGACCUGUUGUCAAGGCUUGGAAUGAAAUGGUCAAAAUUGUUCAAUGGGACAUUGGUCUCAUCAUGACAAAGCUGCUCUGAGGCAUAGAUACAAACAUUUGAGAAGGCAAUAUAAUGACAUUAAGGUUCUUCAAUAUAGUGGGUUAUCUUGGGAAGAAACAGGAGAAAUGGUAACUGCUGAGAUUAGGUGGGUUCUUAUACCUAGCUUCUGAUGGAGGGUAUAACCAUGUGGGUCAAGAUAUUGGUUGCAUAUAAUGGAGUCAGUGAGAUUUUCUUUUCACAAGCCUAUAACAGGCCGCAGCAUUUGGUGAGAUUUUUGGAUUCUUCUGAAGGUGCAAAAUUUCAAAUAACUCUCGUAAGUUUCAAAUUAAGUUCUUAUGAAUAAAUAUACCAUAAUAGAACUCUCCUAAAUUUCAAAUAUUUGUUUUUGAUACACAAAAAUGACAACACUGAUGAAAGGAAAUAUUACUAAAGUCACACUCUGGACAUUGAGGAGUAUCGGCUGGGAUUGAUGCUCUCUCUCUCUAUACUACCUGUAGUUAGAAAGGAUUUGUACAUUCAAUUUAUGACCUCCCAAAUAAUUUAUGAGCAUUUGCAUAAUUAUACAUGAAGGCCAUGUAAAAACUCAAGCAUAAGUUCAUGUAAAAAUUUUGACUAAAGUAUUGUUGUCAUAAGUUUUAAUUUCCCAAUAAUGCAAUUAUUGCAUUUAGUUUUCUUGGAAGUGUCAUAUAAAAACAGUGAAAUCUCCCCAUUUCCAGUAAUGUUUGAGAUUGAUAUGAAACAAAAUAAUUGUUUGAAUUUUUCUUUGGUACCCUUGAGAAUAAAUUUUUGCAUGUAACAACAGUUAUUUUGAAGUUAUAGGUGAAGAGGAUGACCAAUUCUUCACUAGUAGUGUUUCUCACGGAUGAUAUUAAUCUUGAGUUAGGCAAUUGCACAGAAGGAAUAAAAUUGGCCCUUCAUGCUAUCCUCAAGCUUCAACCUGGAUGAUUGCAUCAUGCAGUAGAAGAUUUGGCAUUCUAUGUGGUAAAGAUGCACUAGAAGUUCAAAAUUUAAGCUUGAUGAAAGAUUACAAGGAAAUAAAGGAUCUCCCAAUUCAGAAUGGCUUUGCUAGUGAUGAAAUUUGCCAAAAAAUGACAGCCAAUGUUGAUCUUUGGGAAACUUAUAUCAAGGUACUCAAGUGCUUUCAAAACAACUCAGACUUUGCAACCUCGAGAUCAAGGACCAGAGAGGCUUGUUAGAGUGUGCACAUCUCCUGAUAGUUGGCAGUUGGUGAUCACUGCUAAAGGGUUUUGGCAAGCUUCUUCCAAGUUGGAGAAAGCUGGGUAGGGGGUGAUGACAGCUUUUGUUGCCAAAUCACAUGAAGAACUGCUUACUGGUUGCUUCAGCUGCAAUACAUCAAGAAAAAAGACUGUUAAAAUGUUUGGCAAUCAAAAAUUUUAUUUUGACAGCUAAGUGAAAAGGAUUUUCACACCUAUUGCAAGUCAUAUAUUGGAGGAUAUCUACACAACGAAGAGAAGGCUUCCUUGAAGAUUAGAAGUGAUUGUGGAAGACACUUCUGACUUGCUGAAGCAGGGAUGCAAGUGUUUUUUUGCAGUUCAUAACGGGUAUUAACCGAGGCUAGGGUUCUUCAUUGUACCAGCCCUUUCUGUUUUAUCAAUAGAAAAUUUUUUUUUUUUUUAAAUUAACUGUAUAUCCAUUCUAUUUAAUGUACUUUUUAGGUGGGCUUAGGCUUAUGCUAAUAAACUUUAACCCAAGAAGAUAAGAACAUCCUACAGUUGUAAAUGGUUAAAAGAUCAAAGAUUAAUUGUAUGUCAUUUCAUAUCAAAUUACUCAUCUCAAGGUGGAUUUUGACUUAAGUUGAAAA